UAUACCAACACAGAAACACAGCAGCGGAGACAGCAGCAGCGGCAGCCCGGGAGCGCGAGCAGGAGCGGGAGACCCUGCCCACUGAUCUACAGGAUUUUACUGGAGUGGAUUACGUUAUUUUCCCUCAUUCAGUCAGCUCUACACCGCGCAGCGGGAGGAGAUGUUACUGAGCGGGUAGUGCGGAGACAGCCCGUGUCCUUCUCCUCCUCCGAGCGGAGCGGAGGAUCUCAGCAGCCGGAGGGAGAGAUGCUGCUGCUGCAGUGGUUCUCCCUCCGUCGUAUUUCAGCACUGAGCGCGUGAGAUAGAUAUAGAUAUAUAGAUAGAUAGAUAAAGAAACUAACGAUAUGGCUCCGUGAGCUGUGAGCAGGAGCGCGGUUCGUGCAGGUUCGUGCUUAACUAAAAUGCGGGGCAGCGGCUCGCGCUCUGCAGGUGGAUGGCCGACCUGACCUGACAGUAGAGAGGUAGCGAGAGAGAGAGAGAGAGAGAGAGAGAGAGAGAGAGAGAGAGAGAGAGAGAGAGAGAGAGUGAGAGAGAGAGAGGGGUAGCUAGGCAGGUGUAUGGCCAUGCUGCCCGGGGUAGGCGUGUUUGGCACCAGCCUGACCGCCAGGGUCAUCAUCCCCCUGCUGAAGAACGAGGGCUUCUCCGUCAAGGCUCUGUGGGGUCGGACUCAGGAGGAGGCCGAGGAGCUCGCCAAGGAGAUGAACGUGCCCUUCUACACCAACCGGAUCGACGACGUGCUACUCCAUCAGGACGUGGAUCUGGUCUGCAUCAACCUGCCCCCGCCCCUCACCAGACAGAUAGCCGUCAAGACCUUAGGCAUCGGCAAGAAUGUCAUCUGCGACCGCACAGCCACACCGCUGGAUGCCUUCCGAAUGAUGUCGGCAGCUCAGUACUACCCCAAACUGCUGAGCAUCAUGGGCAACGUCCUGCGCUUCCUCCCAGCCUUUGUACGCAUGAAGGAGUUGCUAGAGGAGGGCUACGUGGGAGAGCUGCUGGUGUGCGAGGCACAGGUUCAUGGUGGCAGCCUCUUGGGCAAGAAGUACAACUGGAGUUGCGAUGACCUGAUGGGUGGUGGCGGGCUUCAUUCGGUAGGCAGCUACAUUAUUGACCUGCUCACGUUUCUUACAGGCCGGCGAGCCGCUAAGGUGCACGGCUUCCUCAAGACCUUCGUCAAACAGACUGAUCACAUCAAGGGCAUCAGGCAGAUCACCAGCGAUGACUUCUGCACCUUUCAGAUGGUGCUGGAAGGUGGUGCCUGCUGCACGGUGACGCUGAACUUCAACGUGCCCGGCGAGUUCCGGCAGGAGGUGGUUGUAGUGGGCACAGCUGGCCGCCUCACGGUGAGCGGCACGGAUUUGUACGGUCAAAAGAACAGCGGCGAGGGAGGACGUGAGCUCCUGCUCAAGGAUUGCACUCCUUUGGGCAAUGCCUCCCUGCCUGACAAGGCCUUCAGCGACAUCCCCUCACCCUACCUCACGGGUACCAUCUGCAUGGUCCAGGCUGUGCGGCAAGCCUUCCAGGACCAGGACGACCGGCGGACCUGGGAUGGGCGGCCGCUCACCAUGGCUGCCACUUUUGAGGAUUGUCUGUAUGCACUAUGUGUGGUGGACACAAUCAAGAAGUCCAACCAGUGUGGCGAAUGGCAGAACAUUGUAGUAAUGACAGAAGAACCUGAAGUUAGUCCGGCUUACCUGAUCAGCGAGGCCAUGCGACGCAGCAGAAUGUCCUUGUACUGCUAGAGCUGCUUGAGAAAUGACUGAAUGAACGUGUUGAAUGCACUUGAAUGGAGUUAACUGGAAAUGGAGGGAAAGACCUUCCCUUGUUCCCUUGUGGAUUAGAGGAAGAGGAAUGGAAUAAAAUAAAACCAGGCUUGCUGCAUUUUCUGGUUGAUGCUUACUGGCAUGUCCAGUUGCUUGCUUUUCUGGGAAGCCAGUGAAAGUAAAGCACAGGAUGGAGAGUAAACAGCAAUAUACUUUCUGGACUUGCUCUGAAUGGAACUGCUUCUGGAUAAAAUCACACCGCAUUCAUGGAGGAUGAGCUUAUUUUCAUCACUGGAGAAUACCACUACUGGAACACAUUUAGCCAUGACAAACAUGGCUCUGUCCUUCCUGCAUGGAGAUGAAUGUCCAAACCCAGUGAAUGGGCUUGAUUACUACUGUCCUGUGUACGUGUACUGUAUGUGUGUGUAGGCGUGAGUGUGUGUACUGCUGGUGUGUAGAACAGUACAAAAAGCCUAAAAAUCAAUAGUUUGGCUGGUAGGCCUUUUAAAGAGGAACUUCCCUCUGGUUAAAUUUGCAAUAAAUCUGUCUAGUAGCCCUUAUAUGCCUGAAAUACAAGGGAAUAGCUUUUAUCCAGCAGUGUACGCUGGAUAAAAGAGGAUGAUGUAGUGCACACAUGCUAACGUGAGUCUGCUCGUCUUUGUAGCUUUAGGUUGGAAGCACUAACUGUGUUUUUCAGCUCGUAUAUGAGGCUCAGUGUCUGCUAGCUUUGACCCUGGGAGCCUGUUAGAUUCAGUGUGCAAUGCAGUGCCUGGCCUGCCUAUUCUUGCAUGCUUGUGUAAGAAUGAUGACUUAAGCAAAAGCAAAAAAAAACAGUCAAUAUUCUUAUAUGUUCUUAGGCAUUUUACUACUUUACAUUUUAUAACUUCUUCACAUAUCUUAUACCGUUGCUUACCAUCUGUGUUACCUGUUACAUUGCAGAACACAAUAGUACUAUAGUUUGUUUACAGGGCAGAAUCUCUAGUGGUAAAUAGAUACUUUAACAAUAUACUGAAGUUAAUUCAAAGCACUGCUGGUUUUCACUCCAUAGUUUUUCAUCUGCAUGCUCUGAGCUAGGUUCAGGUAUAUGUCUAAGCCACAUCUGAAGAUGGGCCCCAGAUGGCUUAUAUGGAUAUUUCUAGCAACCUUUCAUAUUACUGGAGUUGCACAUUCUCGAGGGCUAGUUGCAGUUAGAUCCAGUUAUAAGCUUAAAAAAAUCUAUAUACCAAAAUCUAUUCAUCAAAACAUGUAAGAGGUGCUAGAUGGUGGUGUAAACCUCUGUACUGUAUAGACCUGAAGAUAUUCCCAAAUUACCUUUUGAGGAAACUUGAUCCAGAAUAUCAACUAUGAUCAGUUACACACAGUUCUCAAUCGACCUACAAGCCAAAAGAUUGAUUUUUAUUUAUUCUUUUUUAAUGUUUUACAUGUUUAAAGUAUUACACAGCUCAAGUGUUCACUGUAACAUUAUUCAUUGUUCGUUUGUGUAGGUAACAUAUUAUUUAAGCCAUCAUACAGCUGAUUUAACAAGGUGGUACAUGGCUGGCUGCCUUUACCAGUGGUGUAAUCAUUGAUAAGUACCAUAAAAAAUCAUAAGACUGAUGGAGUUUCAUAACUCAUUAGGACUUCUGUGAACUGUUACGACAGCUUAAUCGUGCUGUUAUAUUAGCCUUAUGGCCAAGUUUGUGACAGAAACUGCAGAUAUUUAUGUUGACAUUUUGUUUAAUUAAAAUACAUACUGUAUUUUUUUAACUGCCUGUGAAAAAACACCUGCUGUAUAUAAUAACUACAUGCCUUUUUAUACAUGCUAUGUGUAAUAUAGACAUAUUUAUUUUAAUUUGUAUUUUGAUUUUUUUUUUUGGAUGUUUCAUAUUGAAUCAGGAACUGUGUGUAUUGUCAGAGCGGAACAGAGAGGCCUUUGAGUAUACACUUCUCCAAGAGGAGUGCAGCACUUCCACUGUGACACUACUGUUAAAGUGUGUGACCAAAUCUGACCCCUCCCCCAUCACCAGUCUUUCUUCAAAUAAGUGCACCUGUUUCAAGUGCUGUUGAUUCACACAGUUACUACUGACUGUAUGAGUCUUCCCAAGAAAUCAGCAAUGGACUCUGAUAUUUAAUGAAGCAUUUAUUGAACUCUAGGAGAGCACAACGUUUUGGCCACUUUGAGCUAUUGAGCAAAAACAUUUGAAUUUUAUACAAUUUAUUAAUGUUAAUGCGUUUGUAAGCCUCUACAAAUAAACGGUACGUUUCCCUGUGAAAUUGGUCUAGGUAGAAAUGUAUAAGCAUCUGAAUUGACUGAUAUGUACAGAUAUAUCUCUUUUUAGAAUUCCCAAACCCCAAAAAUGUUAUCCUCCCAAAAUUACGUUAGCUGGAUGUCCGUUCUUUAAAUAUUUAUUAAUGUCUAACUGCAUACUAUUCCCAUUAUUAUUCCCAAGCAUCUCCGAGGGUAUUCUUAAAACCAGGCAGCCAGAUUCACAUUCAUUUUGCUUCACGUACAAAGGGGAACGUGAAUCUUGUCACCUUGACAUGUUUAUCUGGGCUGAAUGUUUUGCAAUAAUUUUAAGCUGUAUUUUUUCAUACUUUUACAUGAUUUAUUCUCAUGAUUUCUCAUUACAGGCCUUUUAAAUUGGCUUCAUCCUGCAGCCUCCAUUAACUUGGCUUUCUAUUUAAUGAAAUGUCCCUAUAGGUCACACUUCAGCCUCACUUCGUUUAAUUGAUCGCAGUGUUUUGUAAAGGCUAAAAUGGGCUUCCUGAGGCUUCAGUUUCAGACCGGGAGAAAAUGAAGUUGAGAGUUAAUCCAGAUUGUGCCUAUAGUUGAGGAUUCAGAACACAUCGGAGUUAUCAGCACAUUCUUUGGCAAGCCCCCUUUUAGGGGUAUGUGGUUAUGAUUUGUUGUUCAUUCUCAGAGUAGGAAUUUAUACACAGAACAUAGAUGUACUAGGACCAUAUUUCAGCCAGUAAGCAUGCACUGUUGAUUCUAUACAGAGCAGUGAUUUAAAUCUGUGAGGGCUAACAUCGAAGGCUUGAACGUAAAUAUAUUGUCCUGAGAUGUGCUUGUUGGUGUGGUGCACACUUUAACAGGUAUUGGAAAUCCAGUCUAGAGAGUUCUAGAACUAUGUGGGGCAUUAAUACUCUAAAAGUGGGCCAGUUUUGUCACUAAAAUAAUGUCUUUGGCUUUAGCGCACUUCUUGGCAGAUUUGAUAUUGUCUGACAGUCUGAAAAUUUCUCUCAACUGUAUGAAAAAGAGAAGAACCUUAAAUGGAGCCCUGAGUGUUAUGAAUUGUAAGCCUUAGAAUAGUAAACAUGUCCCAUAGACACUUUAAAAUAAUAAAGUUAAAGGGAUGUUUCUACUAAACUGUGUUUAUAAAUCAACCAAAUUUUUCAAUUGCUGUAUUAUAAAAAAUAGAUCUACUAGUUGGCUGCCAAACAGUCAACAAAAUAUCUAAUUUAACUCAAAUAUACUUUAACUAGAGCUUAACCCCUCCCAAAAAAUGAUACUUUACUCAUAUACACCAUUAAUCAUAACAUUAGCACCACUGAUACGAUAUGUUGAAUUGUGUUGAAAGCAAAAAAUGGGAAAGCAUAAGGUUGUGAGACACUUUGACAAGGGCUACAUUGUACUGGCUAAAUGACAACAUGCAGGUUUUGUAGGAUGUUCCUGGUAUGCAGUGGUCAGUAUCUAUCAAAAGUGCUCCACAAAAGGACAAUCAGUCAACUGCCGGCAGGGGCGUGGGUGCCCAGGGUUUAAUCAUAUAUGAUUUUAGGUCCCAUUAAAUAGUCCCAUUAAAUAUUGGGCAGGUGGUGCUAAUGUUUUGGCUAAAGGAUUUGGUUUAUGCAUUAUAAUAUAAUAGUAUAGGACACUGGACACAAGUCUUAACAGCCAGGGGUCCCUUUAAAGUACAGUUUUCUGCCAGUUCCAAUCGAGUUCCAAUUACAAAUUGCUUUGUCCACCUAUCACUGUUUCCAUCUACAACUGCUGUAUUAAUGCAAUUUGCAGAUGCUGGGUAAUUGUCUGUUUUUAUCCCAGACAUACUAGGCCCAGGACAACAAAUCUGCAGUCUUGUUGCUGAUUGCUAUUUUUAUUUAUUUUUUUGCUUGUUUCUGAACAUUAUAAAGCUGUACAAAAAAAAACAGGAUAAAAACUUGAAACUGUGGGGACAUGUAUGUUAUAACUGGAAAAGAUUGACAUGUAUAUGUUCGCUAGUACUGCUGUGGUGUGUGAGUAUCUCUUCCCUUCUCUUUAAGCAGCAUUCACAACAAACAUGUUGGGUAGAGAGGUGGAGGUGAUUGGGGGUGGUGGGGCAUUUGGAAAGGCCUGGGGACUGAAGGGGUCUGGAUUUGGCAAAACUUCAACAGGACACACUCGGCUUUCCAAAAUUGCUUCCGGUUAAACAAUGCUUUGAUGGACGGGUGAGUCUCAGAGGAAAAGGGAAUCCUUUUAGUCAACCUUGGGAAGCAUUUAAAGCGUAGCCUCUCAGCUCAGAGAGUGUAAGUGCAAUGAGGCACUGAUUUGAAGAAAUUAUUAUUAUUUUUUUAAUUAGUGUGGAGUAGGGAGUCAGUUUUCUUCAUCUUAUUAUUAUUAUUAUUAUUAUUAUUAUUCCACCCAAAAUGUUCUGCUUCAGGCUGCAAUUUUCAAAAUAUCAUCAGUGCGCAUAUAAGUGCAUUAGUAUUCAUACAGUAAACAGCCAUAAAAAAUGUGGCCUAAACACUCCAAUAGAAAUGUAUUGAAAUGUGUUGGUGAAUUGUUUUGUUAGAUUUUUUUUAUACAAUUAUAAACAACAAAAUUAGCACUGUAAAAACAAUAGUGUAUUUCAUUUUUUAAUUAUCAUACAUUUCAUUUACAUCCUACAGGAAUUAAUAGCAGAAUAUUUUGUGUUGUUACGCUUGUGACAGUGAAGGUUAGAUUCUGCUUGUGAAGGUCAGUUUCUGUAGGAACUUUGUAAAAGUUUUGCUUUUGUUAGUUGUGGUUUCUUGAUGCAGUUUUACCUGAACAGUUGAAACAUUUGAGUUUAUAUUAGUAUUUCCUAUACACAUAAAAUCUGUAUAGAAACUGUAUACAACUUGUAGCACAUAUUAGAUUGCAAAUAUGUGCAUCAGACACUGUAGCCCUCUGCCCCAUAUCACUGCUUUGCAAUAAAAAACAAAAAUCUCAAUUUUUGUAGAUUUUAGUGUAACAUGUCAUUUGUAUACAGGAGCUGCUCUUUACAUUUUGUGAAAAUUGAAUGAUGAAUGGAUUCUAAAGAGUUACUUCCAUUAAAAAUAUUUUUUUUCUUUCUCACAUGGAAUUGCUAUUUUAGAGAUGCACUUUUUUCAUUGGACAGUGACAAUAUCAGAAAGAGCAUUCUAGAUUAAGAACUAAGCGUAUAGUACAUAAGCUAUUUAAAGCAGCUCCGAUAGUGUUUGGAAAGCUUGACGUACUCUUGAGCAGUGACAGUGCAGGUACAGAUAGAGAAAUAGAGCGAAUAUGUCUAUGGAACGCACAGCUCCCGCUGGGAUGGGGGUGGUGUCGGGGAGCCCCAGUGAGGGAGAGGCAGUUGGGGUGUUCAUGAUGAAAAGACACAGAGCUCAAAGAGGUGCUUUUUGUGCACCCUCACACAGUAUCCUAGCAACCGGCUGCUACAGGGCCAAACCGGGCUCAUCUUAAACAUUCCCUGCUCUUUCUCUCUCACCCUGCUGCUUCUCUAGCUUUUUGUCUCACUUUUUCUUUUCUUCUCCAACCCUGUCCCCCUUCUUUUUCUACUUCUCCUAUCCUGCUUACUUAGUUUUUCUUGUAGUGCUGUAAAAGUCAAGUCCUCAUCUUGGUGAUUCUGAUAUUUUUGGUGCCUGAAUAUACAGCUCUGGAAAAAAAUAAAAGACCACUUAAAAAUUAAGUUUCAUUGAUUUUACCAAUUUGAGAAAAAAAAAAAACUGAAAUAUAAUCAAGAGGAAGAUGGAUGAUCACAAGCCAUCAAACCAAGCUAAACUGCUCAUAAUUUUGCUCCAGAAGUGGAAUAAAGUUAUCCAAAAGCAGUGUGCAAAGCUGGUGGAGGAGAACAUGCCAGGAUGCAUGAAAACUGUGAUUAAAAACCAGGAUUAUUCCACCAAAUAGUGAUUUCUGAGGUCUGAAAGCUUCACAUCUUUUUUGUUAUUUCAGCCAUUUCUCAUUUUCUGCAAAUAAAUGCUCUAAAUGACAAUAUUUUUAUUUGGAAUUUGGGUAAUAAUAAUAUAGUAACGUUGUCAGUAGUUUAUAUAAUAAAACAACAAUUUUAAUUUCACUCAAACAUAUACCUAUAAAUGGCAAAAUCAGAGAAACUGAUUCAGAAACUAAAGUGGUCUCCUAAUUUUUUCCAGAGCUGUAUAUAUAGAAUAAAAAAACACCUAUUCUUAUAAAUGCAGUUAGCUGCUUUAAGUUGCAUCUGUUGCUGACACAGAUGUGCAAAUGCUCACACACCCAGAUUGCCCAGUAUUAGGAAUAGAGUUGGAAUGUCUGAAGUAGAUAUACAAUAACCUAUUGGCACUCUCUUUCCUCAUCCCUGAUGCCGGAUGUGGAUAAUCCCCCAGCAAUGGGAUGUAGAGCAGUGGAACUGUUUUCUCUGUUUAAUUUUUGGGUUCACGAUAGAUUUUGGAACGUCGCUGUUAAUAUUUGACUGCUUUUAGCCACAGGAGAAUCAGCAAGGUCAGGUACUAAUGGAACUACUAUUACUAUUAGUUCUGGAUCACAAACCCCAUCUUAGCCCAGCCCACAUGUAAUGACUGGAUGGAACUCUGUUGCUUCAUUACAGACAGCCAGAAUAAAACAGAAACUUAUAAGACAAGAAAACAAGCCUGGCCUGUUUCCUCUUUCCAAAUUGUUGAGGAUGGAAUAUGGAGAUAUACUAGCGUCUCUCCAUUAAAAUGUUCAGUAAAACUCAGUAAUUUAGCACAUUAAAAUAUUCUAAGUAAAAAAUCUUACAACUAGCCUAAGAUAUUAUAAGAAAGUUGCCAGGCACACCACAUUACUAUUACUAUUAUUUAGCAUUUAAAAAAAAUAUCAUGAUUUUAAAUCACAGAAUUUAUUUGAUAAUGCCAAUCUUAACCCUGUUUUUUUAUUUACAUUUAAAGACCCAUUAUUUUAAGCUUGAUUUUAAUCUGCUUGUAAAAUUGUAAUGUGGACAUUGUGAACCAAUAACUGAGCUCUCUCCAGCACCAAACAGGAAGCAGUUGUCCCUGUUAAUUUAACCAGGAUGGCGUCCACAUUUUGUGUUGUCUUUUUUUUUUUUCUUCAAACAGUCUUUAGUGCACACAAAGGCAGCGGUGGCUAAAAGCAUGAUGGGAAAUAAUCUCAAAAUGAAUCUUGUUGCAGUGUUGCAAAUAGUGAAAAAGCAAGCAAGUCAGAUAGCUUAAAUAGCAUUCUUUAGAUGGGGAUCCAGGCUAGAAUUCCUUAUUCGUGUAACUUUUUCAUGUAAAUUUUCAUUGUUUUCCUUGUUUCAAAUUUGUUACAUGAUGAGUCACAUGGUUAUUGUAUGUAACUCACUUUUUAUUUUUUUGUUUUUUUUUUUUUUUGUAGUGAAGCAAACUUGAAUCUAUCUAAAUAAAGUCUGAAAACGACUGGUUCCUCUUGUUAGCCCUGUUGUAUUUAUAGGUUGGCUGUGAAAAGCUGGCUGCACCACGUUCACAGUGUGAGUGUACACCUGGUUAAGACUUAUUUGACUACUCAAAUGUUUCCUAGGAAAUAUGACGCUGCUCUGUAUGAUCACAGCUUGCUGAAUGAGCUGAAUGCUGCUGCGAAAGCCUUGAAUCCUUGUUGAAUGUUUCAAAGUAGCUCUUUGCUUCCACCUCAGUGGCUCUCCAGCCUAACAGUUUGUUUGUGAAUGCUGCCUAUUGCCGUUCCUCUAAUACUCAACUUGUUAAUGUAAGAAAACUGUCCAUUUUACUGCUUUAUCGAUGUGUUGACUAUUUAUUGUACUAUAUGUAUUUUGUGGACGCAUGGAUCUUUGUAUAUAUUUUGGAGUGGCAGACGUAUAUUUAUCAGUCUUGAACUAGAGAAUGUAUUGUAUUAGGAGCAUUAAAAUCUAUAUUUUCUAUCUGCUGUAUGGAAGGGUUGGCAGGCCAGGAAGCAGGACUGUCUGCCUAGAGUAUUGACUGCAAGACCGUGUGAGAGAGUGUGUGUGUGUGUGUGUGUUUUUGUGUGUGUAGGGCUGCUGCAAGCUCUGUAAUCAGCUGUCAGUGUUCCACAAUGCUGGCCUACACCACUACUCUGUGUACGUAUGUGUUUGUCAUUCAAGCGGCAGCACUAGUUUGUGCGUUUACAAAUGUGUGUUUGUUCCUUGCUUAGAGAAUGUUGCUCAUCCUGACCUGACCACCCUGAAGUUCUGAACGCCUCGGACACGGUUUGCAGUAUCUGGUCAGAUGCUGCAGUUUAUAUGGAAUUAAAAACCAUGUAUAAAACA